AUGUCUUCUUCUACGACACCUAAGAAAUCGAUGCUUUUCGGUGUGAAGCUACAGAAUGAAAUGUAUGCUCCCUGGAGGGAGUAUUACAUUGACUACGACCGUCUAAAGAGGUUGUUGAAGGAGAACUUAAUCAGCCAAUUGGAUUCCAAUUCUACCUGGAAUGAAAGAGACGAGGCUACAUUUGCUGAGGCUUUGGAUAAAAAUUUGGAGAAGGUGUAUUCUUUCCAAGUCUCCAAAUACAAAGAGUUGGAUUCCGAGAUCACCAAACUUGAAUUGAAAUCCGACAAGUACCUUGAGCUUUUAGAAAAAAACAAAAAGGAUCCAACAUUCGAUGCCAAUGCAUUUCAGCAGAAAUUGGAAGAAUUGUUAUCUUUGACGAACGAGUUGGACCAUUUUGCCAGAUUGAAUUUUACUGGGUUUGUAAAGAUUGUCAAAAAGCAUGACAGACUACACAAAGGUUAUUCCGUGAAGGCGCUCCUAAGCGUCAGGAUGAAGGAUUUACCUUUGAAUAAUAUUUCCGAAGACACUUCUCCUUAUUUAUUUAGAAUAUCCACCCUUUAUUCAUUUAUUAGGGAUCAGAUUAGCUCGACAUCAUCAGACAGAUCUAUUUCAAACUCAUUAAAGAGAUCCAUUUCCAAAUUGUCCGAAUCUGGAAAACUAUCAACCACUCCAAGUACUUCUCUUUCCACGUCUGGUCCAGAUGAAUCUAAAUUCAAAGUGUUGAAAUUUUGGGUACAUCCUGAUAAUUUGAUGGAAAUCAAAACUACAAUUCUAAGACAUCUCCCUGUUUUGAUUUACAAUAAUAAAGGCACAAACAUGGACGAAGAUGAUGAAGACGAAGAAGAGUUUAACGGAUGGACAUCAUCUACAAUCAAUGAUUUAUACUUUGAUAAUCCUAAUUUUGAGCUUUACAAUAACAAAUUGUUGAAACAGCUGAACAAAACCCCCUCUUUGAGAAUCAGAUGGAAUGGAAAAUUAAAGAAUAAUGCCGACUUGAUAAUUGAGAAGAGAACUUUUGAUUAUGAUACUGGUAAUUCUCAUGAUAUCAAAUUAACCUUAAAGGAAAAAUACAUGAAUGAUUUUAUUUUCCCUACCGUUGAAACUGACCCAGCAAAUGAGUUUGAAGAAGAUAUUGACGAGCUUAACGAUGAUGAGAUUUUAGAUUAUAGGAGACAACUGGACAAGAAGAAAAAAAACUUGAAAAAGUUGACCCUUGAUAAGUUUGUUAAGAGGUUGCAGAAGAAAGGCCUGUCACAGGACGCAAUCAGCAACUAUGCAAAUAACUUUAAGGCUUUACAAUCUUUCAUUGUCGAUAAUCAUUUACAACCGGUUUUAAGGACCGUUCACAACAGAACAGCCUUUCAAAUGCCAGGUGAUGAUAAAGUGAGAAUUAUUAUUGAUUCUGAUAUCUUAUUCAUUAGAGAAGACUCCUUUGAUCAGCAGAGACCAAUUAGAGAUCCUCAUGAAUGGCAUAGGAAAGAUAUCGAUUCUUCGAUUGAUAACCCUUACUCGUUAUUGAGAAAGGGUGAAUACUCCAAGUUUCCUUAUUCUGUCAUGGAGAUCAAAAUUGCUUCAUCUGUUGUAAAUAAUCCUCAAUCAAAAACACAUUUAUGGGUUAGUGAACUGACGAAUUCACAUUUGGUCAAAGAAGUUCCUAAUUUUUCUAAGUUUAUUCAAGGUAUAUCGACUUUCUUCUUAGAAGAUGACAACUUGGAUAUUUUGCCAUUCUGGUUGCCUGAAUUGGAGUGGGAUAUUAGAAAAAACCCAGAGCAAGCAUACAUGGAUUCCAAAAAUAAAAGACUGAAGGAAUUGCAGCAAGCAGAGAUUUUGAAGAAUUUGAAGAAGAAAAUAGGCAAAACUAUCAAAUCAUCUACUGAUGGCAAUGAUACUAAACUAGAUGCCAUUAAUGAACUUGAUGAUGUUGAAGAUCUUGAUGCUGAUUCCUCAGAUGAUUACGUUGAUGAUAAUAUGGUAGCUGAGGGGAGUGGUAUAGUAGAAGCCGCAUCAUCUCCAUCGCCUGUUAUUACUGGUUCUAGCAAGAGAAUUCCACUAGAACCUUAUUUUCCUAAGAAGAAGAAGAAGAAGAAUGGUUUAACAGAUGUCCUGAUGCCAAUAUUUGCAAGUUCUAAAUUAAACGGCUAUGAAUCUGAAGAUGAAGAGGUGGAACUACCACCUGGUGUCGUUAAACCGCAACAGUUGAUCAGGCAAUCCGGUCCUGUGAGGGUGGAAGCAAAGGUUUGGCUUGCUAAUGAACGUACUUUCAUCCGCUGGUUACAUGUUACAACUCUACUGACCGCAUUGACAUUUUCAAUUUAUUCCAGUAUUAGAAAUUCUCACUUCCCACAAUUAGCUGCCGAUAUUGCCUAUAUUUAUUUUGCUUUAACAUUGUUUAGUGGCUUCUGGGCGUAUGCGAUUUAUCACAAAAGACUGGAGUUGAUAAGACUGCGUAGUGGAAGACACUUGGACGGCAUUUUUGGCCCAUUAGUGGUUGCGGCGGUGUUGCUACUUACUCUCGGACUUGAGUUCUAUGUCGGGGUUGGCCAAUGGAAAUUAAAGACUGGUUUUUCUUCGGUUACCUUGGCAACUUUACCAGAAACAUCACAGUUCAAUGAUUUGAGCCCCGUUACCCAAUGGGUAUUGUCAAAACUAUUCUCAUACACUGAAUGA